AUGCCUUCUAUGGGUACUCGCAACGAUCCGUCUUAUGUUUUGAAUCAGAUCAUCAUAUCCCCGUCAGACACCGACUAUCUCGACCAAUUGAUACCUUCCAUCAGAGAAUACAGCGUGGGUAACAGAACACCACAACUACUACAGUCACUGGCGAGUUUUGCUACCGAAAAGGAGGCCGAGAUCGAAACUAUUUGCAACACCAAUCAUCAAGAAUUUGUUACUUCGGUCAAUCAGCUUCUCCGCAUUCGGGAAGGCACAGUCACUCUCACCGCUGAGAUACUAGACCUCAAUCAAUCUAUUCAAACUAGUACUGAGAAAUUGGCCGAACAGAAAAAGGCCCUGGUCGAAUCCCGAAAACACCGCCAGAAUAUUGACGAGACCUGCCGUGCCAUCCAAGGCUGUCUGGAGGUAUUGCGCCUCGCGAAUCAGGUUCAUGACCUGUUGGCGAAGAAAAAUCAUUAUGCCGCCCUCCGUGCACUCGAAGAGCUUCAAAAUGUUCAUCUAAAAGGCGUGAGUCAGUACAAAAUUGCGGACAUGAUCCAGCGUUCAGCCCCGGCUACUCAAAGGGCCAUCGCUGAAGCGGUCAUGUCUGAUCUGAACACCUGGCUUUAUAGAAUCCGUGAGAUGUCACAGUAUCUGGGGGAGAUUGCCCUAUAUCACACAGACUUGCGAAAAACGAGGCAGAAAGAGAGGGCGGACAGGAUGUCAUAUCUAGGACAGUUCAAAUUGAACUCCGCAAUUGAACUGGUCUCCGAUGAGCAUGAGGAGUACGAUCUUUUGCACAACGAGGAGCUUCAGGUUGAUUUCACACCAUUAUUUGAGUGCCUACACAUUCAUCAGUCGCUCGGUCAUAUGGAUAAAUUCCGGAUUGAGUAUGCCAACACACGACGUCGUCAAAAAGAACUCCUAAUACCUGCGAUGAUAACACUUGUUGAUGAAGAUGGGUCCAGCUUGCAUAACCUUUUAGAGGAAAUGGCAGGAUUUGCAAUUGUCGAGCGGUCCACAAUGAAGAGGGUGCCAGAACUAAGAUCGCCUGUCGAUGUAGAUGAACUUUGGGAUUCGAUGUGCCAAACUGCCGUGAGCCUGAUAUCCAACGCGCUUCCCGAAGUUGACAAUGCCGAAAAUCUGUUGAAGAUUAAAAAUCUCAUUGCUCUUUUUAUGCAAACCAUGAAUGCAUGGGAUUUUUCCGUUGGCGUUUUCGAAAAGUUUCUUCUGGUUUUGUUCAGGCAAUACGCCGAGUUGCUGAAGAAGAGGUUCAGUGAUGACUUUCAGGAGAUUGUAUCUACGGACGACUAUAUGCCUAUGCCAAUUCAAACGGCAGAAGAAUUCGAUAAAGUUCUCAACGUUAGCUGGUAUAGCCCGGAGAAGUCGCCGGAAGAACAAGUAUUUCCAUGCGUCUUACCAUUUUCUCAGAUGUACCCACUGUGUUGCAUUGAUAUCAGAAAUUUUCUGAAUCAGUUUUACUUCUUCGCAAAUGAUGAUUUUGCGCACCCAAACAUCAUUGACGAAACACUGAAAGAGGCUAUCGACGAAUUACUCUCCAAUCAAGUUUGUGAUACGCUUGUUGAACGCCUUGCAUCCCAGUACUUGGGACAAAUUGUACAAAUACUCAUCAACCUAGAGCAUUUUGAACUUGCUUGUCAUGAGCUUGAACUACUUUUGGUGGCUGCAAGGUCUCAGAGCUGCAUGGGUGGCUCGGUCACCUUGAAAGCAACGGAAAAGUUCAGAAGCAACAAAAAGGCAGCGGAAAAGCGCAUUUUUGAGGUCGUGAACUCCAAAAUCGAUGACCUCAUUGAAACUGCGGAAUACGACUGGAUGGCACAAGCUUCGCCCGUAGAGCCAAGCAACUACAUGCAGACGCUUACUCGAUUCUUAUCGAAUAUAAUGAAUUCGACUUUACUUGGUCUUCCGACAGAGAUAAAAGAACUCAUUUACUUCGAUGCCUUGAGUCAUGCCGCCAACAUGAUCCUUGCAUUACCUCUUUCAGCAGACGUGAAAAGAAUCAACCCCAAUGGCGUCAUGGCACUCGCGAAGGAUGUCGAGUAUCUAUAUGAUUUUGUUGACAGCCUUGAUGUUCCCAUACUGCGAGAGAACCUCGAUGAGCUACAGCAAACCGUGCAGUUGAUGCAAGCCGAGAACACUGAUGAAUUCUACGAUAUCUCGACGCGGAACAAAAAAUAUGGCCGUGUAGACGCGAUCAAUGGACCAGUGCUUCUAGAAAAGUGA